AUGGAAAGAAUAUCCCGAGCCUCCAAAGCGUUCCAUCGCAACUCAAAGAACUUGCGCGAUUCCCCUCCUCCAGAGACUCCAACAGACCGCAGCCGUUUCGGUAGCCUAAGAUCUAGCCGAUCAUCGAGGAACAGUACCCACGGUGGCAGUCAGGACAACAUAAAGUUUCAAAUAUCAGCGCCCGUAGAGCUCAUUUCUUCCACCAAUAUGCUCUCUUACAAUUCCCUUACCCUCAGGAGUCCCAGUCCUACAGGCAAAUCGGCAUCGUCUAUUGGCUACUCUCCUUUGCAAUCUCAACAUCAGAAUAGUUUUAAUUAUCCCAUGCCAGCCGCUGCUCCUACUUCUGCUCCUCAAAGAAUGUCGCAGAAGAUUCAGCCAAAGGUUGAUGUGUUUGUUAGCCCGAGACCUAGUCGAUAUCAACCACCCUCUCCGGCUUCCACUAUUGGAGAUUCGGUCAAAGGACCACUAUCUCCAGAGUUGGGACUUGCGAUCUCAGACGUUCUGACUCCACCUGCCACUCCUCCACCUGAUCAUAUUCCUCGUCAUUCCAGAUCUAGCAUCGGAAAGUCUGCAGGAAUGUCUAUCUCCAGUCGUCAAUCUGGCAGCCUGCAGAGGAUCAGAAGCACGUCGUCGCUUUCUUCGUCGAUCUCUAAUGGAUCUAGCCACGAUAGCUACAAACUCGAAAACGAGGAAGCCAGCCAGUCACCCGACCCGAGGAGGAUCACUUCGAAUUUUGGAACCACGCCAUCAUCUUACAAGGGACCACAACCAAUGCCAUCAAACUCUCGCCCUUCUAACUCUCCUACCGCAUAUAACGGGCUCUCAUUAGGUUCUCAUUCGUCGCCAACAACUAUCUCACCGUCGACCAUGCCUCCUCCACCACCGAGAGUCUCGGCCGCGAGGAGAUCAAUUUCAAACCCGAACUUGAAACUCGGUCCGAAGCGUAACUCGAGCAAGACUAACCCUUUUGCUCACGAACUCGCUCAAGUCUCGGAGUUGGCUGAAGAUAUGGGACUCGACUUUGUUGACAACGAUGUGAUGGUUCGAAAGGGACUUCAGAAGUUUUCAGCAAAGGAUUACUUGGAUGUCAUUAGGGAUGUGGCUCUCUACCCUAUUGAAUUCGAUUACGAACAAGUUUCUUCCCCAGUUGUUACUUCUCCUGUCGUACCCCUUGUGCCGGAGAGGAGAAGGAAGCCGGCGGUUACGAUCCCGGAUAGGCGACACGCCAUCCCGAUGCCACACAUGAUCUCACCACAACCUGUUGCUGGACAAAGCAUUGCUGUUGGCGGGUGGAUCUGA